AUGGAGAACAGCACAGAGGUGACUGAGUUCCUUCUGGCGGGCUUAACUGAUGACCCAGGACUGCGGCUCCCACUCUUCAUGAUCUUCUUCCUUGUUUACCUCAGCACUCUGCUUGGGAACCUGGGCAUGACUGGCUUGAUCCUGCUGGACUCACAUCUCCACACCCCCAUGUACUUCUUCCUCAGCAACCUGUCCCUGGUGGACUUUGGGUACUCCUCAGCUGUCACUCCCAAGGUGAUGACUGGACUCCUCUCAGAGGACAAGAUGAUGUCCUACAAUGCAUGUGCCAUCCAGUUCUUCUUCUUUGUAGCCUUUAUCACGGUAGAAAAUUUCCUGUUGGCCUCCAUGGCUUAUGAUCGCUAUGCAGCAGUGUGUAAACCUCUUCACUACAGCACCACCAUGACCACCAGCAAGUGUGUUUGUCUGAACACAGCCUGCUAUGUCUGUGGCUUCUUGAAUUCUGCCAUCCAUACAGGCAACAUCUUCAGCCUGUCCUUCUGCAGGUCCAAUCUGGUUAAUCACUUUUUCUGUGAUGCUCCCCCUCUUCUGGCUCUCUCCUGCUCUGACAGCUAUGUCAGUGAGAUGGUCAUCUUUUUAGUGGUGGGUUUCAAUGACUUCUUUGCUAUCCUGGUCAUCAUGGUCUCCUAUCUGUUUAUAUUAAUCACCAUCCUGAGGAUGCAGUCUUCUGAAGGACGCCAGAAAGCUUUUUCCACCUGUGCCUCCCACCUUACCGCAGUCUCUAUCUUCUAUGGGUCAGGCAUCUUCAUGUACCUGCAGCCCAGCUCCAGUCACUCUAUGGGCUCAGACAAGAUGGCAUCUGUGUUUUACACCAUGGUCAUCCCCAUGCUGAAUCCACUGGUCUACAGCCUGAGGAACAAGGAGGUGAAGAGUGCCUUUAAGAAGGCUGUGUGGAAAGCAAAGUCAUCUGUAGGAUUCAUAUUUUAGUUAUGCAGAGUCUGUCUUUAGACAGUUCCAUCUACCUCAGUUACUCUUUGUCUAUUAAGUCUAAUGUAUAAAUUCCUUCCAAAAAUGGUUUCCAUUGACUUUUCCCUCAAACCUUGUGUUUUUCACACUUUCCUUUUUCUUUGGGUGACAUAUAUUUUUGGUAAAA